UUAAUUGAAACGAAGCCGCGGUAAUUAUCGGCUUUAGAUUGAACAUUGGCGUUAAGCUGCACUUUAGGCGCUAAACUAAUUCAAACAGGUAGUUUGAGUUAGAAGGCCUUUUGAGCAACGAGAUGGCCGAGGACUCCCUGUUUGCUAGUGAUUACGGCAGCCUGUGCCGUUUAUGUGACGAGGAAGGCGAAAGACCUUGUUUAGCACUUGGAGUCAAUGAACCACAAAAAAUUGUGGAUGAAGAAGCAGAGCUAAAAAGAGAACAUGCAUUUAGUUCAAUAAAUGAAGAGAAAAAAGAAGAGGAAAGUGAAAAUACUGAAAUGGUGGCAAAAGAAUUUUUUGAGACGGACGAUGAAGGGCCUGAUUUUGAAAUGAAUGAAAGUAAGGUAGAAACGACAGAGGAGAAUAAAAGUAAGUGUGAUGAUGAUGGAAAAGGGAAUGAUGUAAGUGGUGCUGUGGGCCCUCCACCACAGGAGGAGAAGAGUGUCUUACAGCUGAACUCCUGCAGCCCAGUAAACAUGGUGAUGGUUUGUGAGGAGUCUGUUGAGAACAGUGUAAACGAUGACCUCCUGCUGUGUCCGGCGAAGCCUCUAAGCCUUUCAAAGACAACCCUGAUAUCUUCUCCUUGCUCUCAGAAUCCUCUACCUCUUACACUCCCAGCUAACAAUCCCUCUGUGCUUCAGCUUCAAACACAGCCAGUGGUUCAGACAAUGGUUCAGGGCUCAGUGCCCCAGGCUCCCUGUCUGAGCAAACGUACAUAUGAUGGUAGCCCUACCAAAACACUUGCCCAUUCUGGGCAGCUGGAGGUGACUCUGCAGCAGGUGUACACAACGCGCCGCUACACCCGCUUCACCAGCAGAUCUAUGCCAUUAAAAUCAGUACAUCCAGAGACCAGCUCCCAGGCCUUACCGUGUGUCACCAACACAUAUCUUUUGGCACCAGCACCCAAAAAGAAAACUCGAACCUCUUACAGCACUGAUCAGUUGGAGGAGUUAGAAAGGAUGUUUCAAGAUGAUCACUAUCCGGAUGCAGAAAAGCGAAAAGAGAUUGCAAUAUCAGUAGGAGUCACACCCCAGAGGGUCAUGGUGUGGUUUCAGAAUCGCCGUGCCAAGUGGCGUAAAACUUCCAAAACAGCAACAAAAAAAACUUCCGUGCCCCGGACCCAGGCACCUGUUCAAGCCCCAAUUCACAGGCCCCCUAUGUUUACAGGUCCUGCAAUUUCACCCUUACACCCCCAAACUGGAACCACCCUCCCUCCUUACAGUACACUGCUCACCAGUUGCACAAGCCCACCAGGCUGUGUUGCUGUGUCCCAAGGAAGCGCAGGAGACUAUAAGCAUCCACUCAUGCAGAGUCCCCCACCUCUACGUCGUGCUUCUCUACCCUUCUUUGCUGCAUACAACCCCCCUACACACACACUGUCUGUACUGCUGGACACACCGGAGCACAGUGAGCCUCAGUCCUUUAGUCUCCACACAGACACUGGGUUUAACUAUGAUUCUCUGGGCUCUUCAGCUAAAUAUGAGACCGUUUCCUCUGGUCCUGGAAAUACUCAAUCUUACCAGUUCAUGACAUACCCCCAACAUUCCAGCACAUUAAUGCCUCAGCAGCCUAGCACGCUCCUUUCCCAACAAACUAGUAGCCUACUCUCACAGCAGCCAAACACACUAUUGCCACAAUACUCACGAGUAUCUUAUCUCACCCCAUCUCCAUAUCUGACCCCUAACUCGAGCGAGGGCACUGCCACUUCCUGUUUGCCCCUGAACCCAGGAACUGGUAGCCUGCUGCCCUGCACAAAUGGAGGACAUGCCUACUUCCAAUGCCAAAAUGGAAGCCAGAUACUACUACAGCCUGGGUUACAGGCACUGCAGACAUACCCAUGGACUGGUGACAUGUACAGUCAUUCAGUUCAGCUUCCACAGGCAGUCCUAAAGCCCCAGUUUUCAUCUCAUGGUCAUGAGAGUCACUAUCCUCCACUGGUCCCACCCCAGUCUUACAUCACACCUCAGGGGACAUCAUGCUCUAGCCUGGGUAAACCUGCAACCCCUGAUCCCUUGCUGGCUAGUGUCAAAACAGAGCUGGAGGAAACGGGACACAGUCAGCCAGUCCAAGUUAGCGAGGCAGAAACCAUUUUCCACUGUGACUUCUCACCCAUUCACUUCUGACAGUAACCCUUUAUACUGGUCAUCGCUACAGCAGGUUCAGAACCAACCUUGGAAACACUGUGUACAAGGGCCAUCAGCACUAACCGGAUUUUGCGAGACUGCAGUCUGUGUGUUUCUGUACUUCCUAUGUUUGUGGGGUUUUUUUGUUAACUGCAGGCGUUAUUAAAGUGCCCUUAAUGGCUUACUAGUUCA